AACAAACAUCUUUUGCUUUGUAUCAGAUGGCAGAGGGAGACAAGAAGUCUGCCAAGAAGAAGCAUGGGAGCCGGAACCCGAAGCUGGCCCGGGGCAUGAGCCGCUACUCCCGGUCCGCUAUGUUCGCCCGUCGGGCCAUGUACAAGAGGAAGACCAAGACCACUGAGACCAAGGUGGAGAAAAAGCUUAAAGAGAAGCCCAAGGCCACUGUUGUCAAGACUGUUGGGGGAGACAAGAAUGGAGGCACUCGUGUUGUCAAGCUGCGCAAGAUGCCCCGUUACUACCCCACAGAGGACGUUCCCCGUAAACUGAAGAGCCAUGGAAAGAAGCCUUUCUGCCAGCAUAAGAGGAAGCUGCGCGCCUCCAUCACACCAGGAACUGUCCUCGUUUUGCUCACUGGUCGCCACCGUGGAAAGCGUGUGGUGUUCCUGAAGCAGCUCGCAAGUGGUCUCCUGCUUGUUACUGGCCCUCUGGCCUUGAACAGAGUCCCCCUGCGCAGGGCCCACCAGAAGUUUGUCAUUGCCACCAACACCAAGGUCGACAUCUCUGGUAUGAAGAUCCCCAAAACCCUCAGCGAUGCCUACUUCAAGAAGAAGAGGCUGAGGAGGCCCCGUCACCAGGAGGGAGAGAUCUUUGAUACAGAGAAAGAGAAGUACCAGCUGACAGAGCAGAGGAAGGAGGACCAGAAGGCUGUUGAUGCUCAGCUUCUGCCCCUCAUCAAGAAGGUACCUCAGCUUAAAGGGUACCUGCGCUCUUCCUUCUGCCUGUCUAAUGGUGUCUAUCCACACAAGCUGGUUUUCUAAAUGUGUUGUAAUAAAGAGUACCACCGUCUCAUGCCA